AUGGAGAUUUGCGGAUUUGGGACCGACGAAUCAAAGGAAGUCACGAGGCCGAAAAACCAAAAAGUCAUCAAUUCUUCCACGGUUUUCCAAAAGGCCCAUUCUCUCAAAGGUUUUUUGAAACUAUUGUUUGAAAUAAAGUUAUUUUCCAGUUUCAACGAAUAAACGGGCGACGAGCGUGACUAGCGUGGUUUUUAUCAAUGAUCAUUUGAUCGCGUCGGCUUCGUCCGAUGCUUCCAGGUUGGUUUCGGGAAUUUUGAAGAGAAAAUUAUCAAAUCUGAGUUUUUAUGAAGUUUUUUAUUUCAUGGGUGGAACAGAAAAUUCAUUUUGGGGACCCUCAGAAGGUACUGAAAAGGGCUAAAUGCUUAAAAAUGAUGGAAAGCUCAGAAAAGUGCUUUUGAAAAUCACCAACAGACCUUUUCAUAUCAAUUUUGCACCCUUUUUUUCCUAUUAUUUCAAUAAAAAAAUGAAACUAAAAAGAUCCCAGAAGAAUAUCCUCCGAGGCUAUGAAAACAGAGCUCAAAGAACUUCUUUCCGUGAGCUUUUUUGGAACAUUUUCAACUUCUGAUAGUCCUUAAUUUUUUUUAAUUAUUGAAUUUUUACGUGCUCAGGGAAUUAUUUUGAAUAAAAUUUUCCAUUGGAUUUUCACUGCGAUUAUUCAAAUUUUCCUCAUUUAUUUCAAUUAUCAACAAGAAACUUCUGUACUAUCAGCUUCAUUGUAUCGAUUUUGUUUUUUUACAAUUUUUUUAGAGUUUUUUUCCGUCUUUUUGAAUAGAUUCGGUAUUUUUUUCAAAAAUUUGUAAUAUUCAUCUGUUUUAUGGUUGAAUUUUUGCAUUUCUUUGAAAUUCGAGAAACAGUUUCAAAUAAAAUAGAAUUUUUGAUUUCUUAAGCUAUUUUAAUAUUCCAGCUUUCAUCUUCAACUUUUUCGAUUUUCAAAAUUAAGAAAAGAUGAUUUUACCGUUUCUCUCAAUGAUUUUGUCGUUUACUGGGAGGAAAUUUAGUUAAUAGGGCGGGUUUUUCUUUAAAAAGUAGAAUUUGUUGCUGAUUUCAGAAGUUCUGAGGAAAUAUUUUUGUCAAAAAGUAUUCAAAAGAGGGAAUCGAUAAGUUCUAAGCUACCGGUGAACUUAGGAACUCCAUAGUGAUCCCUAUAGGGGUAUAGGAUCCACUUUAUCAACCUCUACAGGGGCCACUAAAUCUUGCAAAAGUGGUCCCUCUAGAAGCAACCUUAGGUGCCCUCUAGGAUCCACUUCAGCAAUUCCUAUAGGGGUCACUAAAGCUUGCAAAAGUGGUCCCUAUAGGGGAUAUGCUAAUCGAUACUUGUUAUGAACUCUAAGCGAAGAAGCAAUUCCAUGGGAAAAACUGUUUUUCGAAUAAAAUUGAAAAAUCCCUAUAGGGUCCUCUUGAGCUUUAGGGGCUAACGGGUCAGACCCUAAACCCCUCUAGAGACCACCUUAAUUUUACCUCUAUAGGGACCACUUUUUCGGUUCCUAACCCCUAUAGGGACUACUCUGGAGAUUCCUAAGAAUGGAGUUUUUUUUUCACAAUCAAAAUUCAGCGGGGUCCGUAUUUGGGACAUCCGGAAGCAGCCGAAAAACGACGUGAGUUAUGUCGACGAGCUGUCGUUUCCCUUGACGACGGACCGACAAUUCGGCAUCACGUCUUUGGCCGUCGAUCGGUACAGAUCCCGACUUUACGCGGCCGGGAUGAACAACGUCGUCUGCGAGUAUGCCGUCACGAGUGCACUGAAAACGCCGGGUUCGUGGAAAAAAAGAGAAAAAAGUUGAAAAUUAAACGUCAGGUUGUUCGUUUAGCCAUAGGCCAAGUCGGAUGGACACUCCGAUGGUUCAUAAAGGUCCAGAGAAAUGUUCCUUUUAGGGUGAUGAACGCUCCUUUUUUGCUGCCUUUUUGCGCCAUUUUCUCAGCCCAUAUGCACCCUUUUUGCUGCCUCUCACUUUCUCCACCAUUUCUUGAGCCUUUAAAAUCCCAGAGAUAUGGAAGGCUCGAUAAAGGGACUCUUUUUGCUGCCUUUUUGCGGCCUUUUUGCUCUCCUUCUGUAGCCUUUUUUGAGCCUCUCCUUUUAGCGGCCCUUAUUCAACAUUGCGACUUUGCCCGAGGCUGUUCCCCGGCGCGCUUAAGCGAUUGAAAAAAGGGUCCUGACACGAAGAAAAAAGGAAAUAGUGUCUGGUUGAUGGAGAGCGCAGACGCAAAAAUAUUUUUACCAUCACAUCGCAGAAAAAUGGUUAUCGUUCUCAAAAUUAUACCGCCAGAUUCGGAAUUAUCUCUGCCUCUCUCAAAUUUAGUGAUCUCUCUCACUCUCGUCUUGAAUUUCGCUCCGUUAGCACUUUAUAUAAAACCUUGGAAAAUUAAGUUUGAAGUUUUAAAGAUUUUAAAAGCCUUUUUCGAAUUUUUCACGUUUAUAGUCGAUUCACGGCUAGCUUGAAAGAGGCGUGGCCUGUCUGCGCUCUCCACCAACCAAAUACUAUCUUGUUUUCUUCAAAAAUCGUGUCAGGACCCAUUUUUCGAAGGCGAGAGCUUGCCGUGAAUCAGCUGUAGCUUGAUACGAAAAGGGGCGUGGCCUGUCUGGGCUCUCCACCAACCAAAUACUAUCUUGUUAUCUUCAAAAAUCGUGUCAAGACCCAUUUUUCGAAGGCGAGAGCUUGCCGUGAAUCAGCUGUAGCUUGAUACGAAAAGGGGCGUGGCCUGUCUGGGCUCUCCACCAAUCAAAUACUAUCUUGUUUUCUUCAAAAAUCGUGUCAGGACCCAUUUUUCGAAGGCGAGAGCUUGCCGUGAAUCAGCUGUAGCUUGAUACGAAAAGGGGCGUGGCCUGUCUGGGCUCUCCACCAACCAAAUACUAUCUUGUUAUCUUCAAAAAAAUCGUGUCAAGACCCAUUUUUUUCGAAGGCGAGAGCUUGCCGUGAAUCAGCUGUAGCUUGAUACGAAAAAGGGGCGUGGCCUGUCUGGGCUCUCCACCAAUCAAAUACUAUCUUGUUUUCUUCAAAAAUCGUGUCAGGACCCAUUUUUCGAAGGCGAGAGCUUGCCGUGAAUCAGCUGUAGCUUGAUACGAAAAGGGGCGUGGCCUGUCUGGGCUCUCCACCAACCAAAUACUAUCUUGUUAUCUUCAAAAAUCGUGUCAAGACCCAUUUUUCGAAGGCGAGAGCUUGCCCUGAAUCAACUGUACAUUUUUUUUUUCCUAAUGAAUCUAGCGAUUCUUUGAAGAAAAAAUGUCUUUUCCUACGUCUUUUUCCCAAAAAUUUCUUUUUUUUUCAGUUCGCCACCUGCUCGGAAGCCAUUUACGCGAUUUUCACAUCGAAAUCGCCUGUUCGCCGGUUGAUGACGUCAUCGCGUGCGGCGACAGCGAUUCCCGGGCCGUUUUGUGGGAUUUGACGGUACGAAAUUUUUGAAAAUACCUGGAAAAAAUUUCAAAUCGAAUCAAUAAUGCAUCUCGUUCACGUCAAAUUUUUCUCACUCUUUCAAAAUUUUGAAAACUUAAAGUACCUUUUUUCGUAGUUUUUUAAACGCAAUAGAGGCUUCGCUUUUCAUUUUGAGCCUUAUUUUUACCUCUUUCAAUUUUUUUUCGAAUGGUAAUAAAUCAAACUCGGAAAUCUUCUGAUUUUUAAGUGAACCCUAGGGACAUUUCUUUCACAGUCUUUUACGAAUCGCUUUUUUUGACCUUUAUGUGGAUUUUAUCAGUACACAAUUCAAUUUUUCAUGUACAUUCUCGUUUUCUAACUUUUUUGAUUUAUUAAAGGAUCGAAAAAAGGUCCAUCGAACCCUGGACGGAGAGACGAUCGUGCCUUCCUGGACGGCGAAUGGCCAUCAGGGCAAAGUUACCUCCGUUUCCUGGAGCUCCGUCGGAAAGUAUGUGGUUUUUUUAAACACAGCAUUCCUAAUGGGGUGAUGGAAGUUGAGCGAGGCGUCAAAGUUUCUGAAUUUACAAAAAAAAAGCAAGUGCGCGCUUCGGAUAAAAGGACUGUGACGUCACAGCUACCUAUCGUUGCAAAUUAAACUGAGUAUUCAACGGCAUGAAGAAUACAUUUGGCUGCGUACUUUAGAUCUCAAAUUUCGCGCCAAACCCUGUUUGGGAAUGCCGUGUGAAGAUAAAAAGUAAAAAAAAAUGAAGUAAUAUGGAAAAUUAGAAAUUUUCUGUGUUUGAAACUGUGUAACAGUUAAUUUGAGCCGCGUUUUUUUUCACUUCUCAAAAAGAUGCUCAAAAAAGCUAAUUUUGAGCUCUUUUUACUCAAUUUUCUAUCUUCCAGAUAUUUUGCAACUGUCGAUGAAACUGGGGUCCGACUUUGGUCGGAGAAACAAGUUGAGCCGUGGCCUUUAUUCGAUGAGGUUUUUUCUUAAAAAUAAAUCGAAAAAAUGAGUUUUUUGAAGGACAAAAUCCCGGCGCCAAUCCCAAGGCAGAGAGAAAUCGCCUACGAAGAAUUCACGCCCUGUGGGUCGAAGGAGGUCCUGGAAGCUCUGGCCGUUCAAAGGUGCUUUGAAAUAAUUAUAACUCGGAAUGGUGUAUAAUGGCCGCUGAAAGGGAGAGGCAUCAAAAAGGCAGCAAAAAGGCCGAAGAAAAGCAGCCAAAGUGGUCCUUAGAGGGGCGACUUGAGACGCUUGAAGGCUCCCCUCUAGGGACCACCUUACUGACCCCUAUGGGGGGCACUAUAGCUCGCAAGAUUCUCGGGCAGGAGAGGCUCAAAAAAGGUCGCAGAAAGGCAGCAAAAAGGUCGCAAAAAGGUAGCAAAAAGGUAGCAAAAAGGUAGCAAAAAGAGUCCCUUUAUCGAGCCUUCCAUUUUUUCUGGGAUUUUAAAGGCUUGACAAAUGGCGUAGAAAGGGAGAGGCUGCAAAAUUAGUGCAUAACAGCCCAUAAAAUGGCCCAAAAAGGCAUCAAAAAGGAAAAUUUCUAUAGAGCCUUUUUCCACCUUUUCCGACUUUGGCAGUGUAGGAAAAAGGAAACUGAAAACAGGAAAUUCAUCAUUUUUAUGAACUGAAAUUGAAAAUUUUAUAUUUUAUGCUUUCUAAUAACCCGAAAAUCCAACAAAAACGAAGUUUGGCCAGUAAAAAUUGAAUUCCUCGUAAUCCAUGAAGCUUUUUUUCAAAAGAAUAUUCCGUUUCUAUGGGAAGUUUCUAUUAAGAAAUUGAAUAAAUAUGGAGAAAAAUGUCGAUUUUUCCCUUUUCUAGUACCCCGAAAACUCAGAGGAAAAAAAUUUUGCUGGGUGGAAAUUGCAUUUUUUGAAAAUUUGGCUCAUUUCGAAGCAUUUAAAAAAAAAAUGUAAUGUCAUGUCUCUGGAUGAGGUUUCUAUUCAAAAAAUGAAUCAAUAAGAUAAAACUUGAAGAUUUCCUUUUUUGAGAACUCCAAGAACUGAAAGAAAACGAUUUUUGGUCAGUAAAUUUGAAUUUUUUUGGUAAUUUUUCUCCCAUAUUUCGGGCCUUUUUGAAGAAAUGUUCUGUUUCUGUUCAAAAAAAUUGAAUUAGUAUGCGGAAAAAAAUCGAUUUUUUUCCGUUUUUAGAACCUCAAGAACUGAAAGAAAAACGGUUUUGUGUGUGAAAAAUUGAACUUUUUUUGUAAAAAUGAGCUCAUAUCCCGAAUUAAAAAUUCUGUUUCUAAGUGAAGUUUCCAUUCAAAAAAAUUAAAUUCAUAUAGAAAAAAACAUCGAUAUAUUUUUUUAGAACCCCAAAAAGCUUGAAGAAAAAAAUAAUUUAGUGGGUGACAAUUAAGUUUUUUUGUGAAUUUAGUUCAUAUUUCGAAGCUUUUUUUCUCAAAAAAAUGUUGUGUUUCCAGGUGAAGUUUCUAUUCAAAGAAAUUGAAUUAAAUUGAAAAAAUAUCGUUUUUUCCUUAUUUAGGACCCCCAGAACCCAAAGAAAACGGCCUUUUCCAUCAUCAUCAUCCAGUGCAAAACCCUCGCCAAUCGACUGCCCCUCGAUGAAUUUGAGAACUUCGCCGAGGAGCAAACUUGUCAAGUAAAAAUCGCCAUUUUUACUAUUUAUAACGAUUUAAUUUUCAGAUUUUCAACGCCCCAAAAAACUCCCUUACAAUCGCCCCUGAAAGAUUUGACCAACUUCAACACGCCGACCAGCCCGAGGGCCAAAAAGAAACCGAAGUAUACGGCUUUUUACAAAAAGUUCGAGAGAAAAUGAUUUUUUUAAUGAGAAAUCGUUUUUAGAUAUCCGACACAAGAUUUGCCGAACUUCGUGUAUGAAAAGUUUGUGAAGAAGUUGCUGGGAGAGUCGAAUGUGGCGAGCGUGACAGCGUCUGGCAAGGUUGGUGGCCUUGGUCGAGUGGUUAAGAGGCUAGGCUGUAAGGCGGUAGGCCACUGGAUCGGAUCCCGAAGUACUUUGAAACUUUUUUGCCAUUUCUUAAAUGCUGGGGGAAGCGAAUGUGGCGAGCGUGACAGCGUCUGGCAAGGUUGGUGGCCUUGGUCGAGUGGUUAAGAGGCUAGGCUGUAAGGCGGUAGGCCACUGGAUCGGAUCCCGAAGUACUUUGAAACUUUUUUGCCAUUUAUUAAAUGCUGGGGGAAGCGAAUGUGGCGAGCUUGACAGCGUCUGGCAAGGUUGAUCAUCUUGGUCGAGUGGUUAUGAGGCUUGGCUGUGAGGGGAAGGUCAUUAGAUCGGAUCCUGAUGGGCUUAGAAACUUUUUUGCCAGUUUUGAAUUGUUUAAUAAAGCUUUAUUCAAGUAUAACUUGAUGGACAGAGUACUUCAAAUUUUUUGAAAUUUUAUUUUCCAUCCAUUUCUCCCUUUUUCAUUGAUUUCCAGGAGAAAGGGCAGGAUUUGACUAGAAAAAGGCAAAAACUCAAAAAAAUUAAAAAAAUUGACGCCCAGAGCUUCAAAUCCCGCUUUUAAAUGUCAUUUUUUUAAAGAAGCAAUUGAAAAAAACGAAAAGAUUUUUUUUUCAGAGAAAAUCAAAGAUCGACGACUGGUGGCAACGGCAAAAGCCGGACAGCCUUUUGCAGAAGCUCGGAAGUUCGCCGGGAAGAUUGACUCGAGUUCGGUGAGCAUAAAAAUAAUUAACUGACUUCAAAAAAUUUUGAAGAAAAGAAAAGAACAAUAGUAAUGUUUUUCCAGCGUCCCGAGUGUAACCGAGUUCGGCGCCUCAGCUUGUGCCAACGUCCUUCCGGAAGAAGAGCGUCUAGCCCUGAAUUCACCCAGGAAAAUCGUCGUCCGUCUCACGCCCAUCAAACCGCAGCCCAAGCCGAACACGCCAAAAGCUGGUGAGAAAUGGAUGAAAAAUGAGCAGCGAAAAAAUCGCCACUCAGUAAUGUGACAGCAGCGGAUAGAAAAAGGCCGAAAAUCAGUUAAAAAAAGGGGAAAAAAAAAUCAGGCGAUUUCAAGAAGGAAUGUGCGCUCCAUUCAAAUAACUAUGAAAGUUGAACUUUUUAAGUCAUUAGAUAGUCUAUUCAUUGAAAUUCAAGUACAAUGACGUCAUUCGAAAACGCUCUGUGGAUGGGUCGCUCUCUGAUUGGUUUAGGGGCGGAGCUUGAGCGACGACUCUUCCAUAGAAUGAUUUUGAUGAAAAGCUUUUUGAAAAUAACAUUAUGCGCUCCAUGUAUAAUUAUAGUAAUCUUUUUUUGGUUCUUUUCUUUUCUGCCUUAUUAGAUGAGCAACGGCGUUUUUGUUAGUGGAAGAAAAUGGGAAACCAAAAAAACGAUGGGCGGAGCCAAAAUAUCCGUGUGACGUCAUCGAAACGGCAGAGAUUUUGGCUUUAGGAGCGUAAAUAACAGGGCGUAUUAAAGGCGCAGGCCGCCGUGUUGCCAGAGGUCUUUGAGACGAAUUGAAAAUUUUCUACAUACACGCAAUUUUCUGCGCGAUAGCGGCGCUGUGCAUGCACACGACACAUGACACUUUGCGGAUAAAAAGUGGGCGUGGCCUCGUCGAAAAAACGCCGUCGAGCGGCUAUUUAUUCAUUUGUCCUUCCAAGUCCUCUUCAAAUUCUAAAAUUUCCAGCAACACCAAAAAGCACGCGACCGGGUCAAACUCCACGGAAAACCAGCCGAAACUUGUUCGAUUUCUUCAACAAAAAAUAA